AGCGAUGAGUGUCUAUUUGCAACUCGGACAAGACGGUACUUGCGCGGAUAAAAUUCAAAACCAAUAAUAAAAACUGAGCACGCAGAGUUUUGUAUACUAACAACACCCCACGACCAUACCAACAGGAACUCCAAAAAAACUUUCCUUUAAUUUUUUUUGGGAGAACUCUUAAAUCAAAAUCGAUGAAAUAAUAAAAAAAGAAAGGAAUACCCUUUUCUCUACCACAACAAAAAACUUGUUACAACAAUACAAAAAGAGCGUAUGACAGGGUAGAAUAUUUCACCCAAAAGGCCACCCACCCGCUCUACCGCCACAUUGGAGCUACGUCAUAACCUAGAGACAUCCUUCUGCCAUUGUUCGUUUGUUUGUUUGUCCGUUCGCUCGAUUUGUUUUCAGUCGGUUAUCUCCACACAAGACCACUGAUACGACCGCCUGUCCUUAGAGCUCUACAUGAGAGUGUGAAUUGAGACGUGUUGGGAUUUAAUAAAAUAGUGAAGACGAGAAAGUGAAAGCGAAAUGAUAUCGCCGUAUGUGUGUUUGUGAAAUAUUUAAUAAUACUUGUCAUUGUAGUGGUAAAAGCAAACGAAUUUUGUGUUGGUGUCUAAAAAGAAAAGAUAUUUUCCCGAAAGAAAAAAACAGCACACAAAUAAACGAAAAUAAAAAAACGCAAAUAAUUCACGUGACCCUGAUUUUCUCUUGUCAUAAAUGGCUUGUGUCAGCAACCAUAACAAAAUUAUCAAAAUAAACAUCAUCACCACCAUCAUCGUUAGCAGCCGUGCCAUUAAAGCUGGAAAACGUUUCACUUUUUAAAUUCAAAUAAUACGAGAGAAUUUUUUUUCUCCCUUCUCCCCCACUUAAUAUGGACUUUACAAAAUUCAUGAAUAAAUUCAACGAAAUCGAGCGACAAUUGUCGCCAACUUCCGCUUUGCGGCUAAGUUUCGACAACAUCUCACCGGAGACAGAGGAGCCGGAAAAUAAACGCCUCUGGGGUGUACCAGUACCACCGUUCGUUUCGGAAAAAGUCGUCUCAUGGAUUGAGGAGGAAUUUACCGAUCCACCGAUAUUUUAUAAUGAUGUUUUGGUAUUGAAAAAGGUUGAAAAUGUCCGCAUGAUUGAUCGUUACAAUACGAAAAAUCCAAUUGUUGGAACACUGUAUUUAACAGCAACACAUUUGAUAUUUGUCGAGCCGGACAGUAACAAGGAGACAUGGAUUCUGCACAUGCACAUUGCGAAUAUUGAAAAAUUACCCCUAACCACCACCGGAUCACCGCUGUUGAUACGCUGCAAGACCUUUUUGUCGGUGACAUUUGUGGUGCCCAAAGAUUCCGAGUGUCAUGAUGUCUAUACAUCUCUGCUAAAGCUCUAUCAACCUGUAUCCAUCAACAAAUUGUAUUGUUUCAAUUACCAACCCGCCAAAGAUGAUUUUCCCAAAAAUGCCGGCUGGGAUUUUUUCAAAUUGGAAGCCGAGUUCAAACGAAUGCGUGUGCCCAAUGACAUUUGGACCAUGUGUAAUUUGAAUACCAACUAUGAGUUAUGUGACACCUAUCCACGUCAAAUCUAUGUACCGUCUGAGGCUAAUACGGCCAUGUUGAUUGGCAGUUCACGUUUUCGUUCCAAGGGUCGUUUGCCGGCGCUCACAUAUUUACAUUCCAAUAAGGCUUCCAUUUGCCGUUGCAGCCAGCCAUUGUCGGGUUUUAGUGCCCGCUGCUUGGAGGAUGAACAAAUGCUUGAAGCAAUACGUAAAACAAAUCCAAAUACCGAUUAUAUGUAUGUUGUGGAUACACGACCCAGGAUAAAUGCUUUGGCAAAUCGAGCCGCCGGUAAAGGGUACGAAAAUGAGGCAUUCUAUGAAAACAUAAAAUUCCAUUUUCUUGGUAUUGAGAAUAUUCACACACAAAGGACAAGUUUACAGAAAUUGAUUGAAGCCUGCGAACAGAAAGCACCAACAAUGAGUGGUUUCCUUAAUGCAUUGGAAUCGUCGGGUUGGCUAAAGCAUAUACGCUCAAUAUUGGAUACGUCGAGCUUCAUUUCGAAUGUGGUGGACAAAGGUGUCUCCGUGGUGGUCCAUUGCUCGGAUGGUUGGGAUCGUACCGCACAAGUUUGUUCGUUGGCUGCCUUGAUGUUGGAUCCAUACUAUCGUACAAUAAAAGGCUUUCAGGCUCUCAUCGAAAAGGACUGGCUGGCCUUUGGUCACAAAUUCAGCGACCGCUGUGGACACAUACAAAACGAUCCGCGAGAAGUUUCACCAAUUUUCACACAAUUUCUGGAUUGCACCUGGCAGUUGAUGUCACAGCGUAGUGAUGCUUUUGAAUUUAAUGAACGUUUCCUUUUAAUAUUGCACGAUCAUGUACAUUCCUGUCAGUUUGGCACCUUUGUGGGCAAUUGUGAAAAGGAUCGUUUGGAUUUGCAAUUAGCAAAGAGGACCUUCUCGUUGUGGGGUUAUAUGUCUAAUCAUUUGAAUGAGUAUAUUAAUCCCUUAUAUAAACCCGAUGUUGAUGAGACAAUUAAACCGAAUUUGGCACCACAAUGUAUUAAAUUCUGGCGUGGCAUGUAUAGCCGUUUUGAAAGCGGUGUACAUCCACGAGAGCCAUUGGGCGAUCUUUUGCUUGCCAGUAAGGAUCACACAACUUCCUUAGAGGAUCAUGUACAACAUUUGACUAAGCGUAUUACUAGCUUUAAGAAUUACAUUUCCAAAUCGGCAAAGAAAAUACAAGACGCUACAUCCUCGAAAUCAACAACCAAAGAAUCUUCAGCAACGGAUACCAAUGAUAAUAAAUAUAAUUACGAUAAGAAAAUGAGCGAACUGUCAUCGGCAGAUGAUGAUCAUCCUUUGAAACCUGCUGGUGGCAGUAAUGGCGGUGCUAACUCCAGUGUCAGCAGCAGUGGUGGUGGUGGCAUGUCAUUUGCCAGUUUAUCGCUCUCCGACGAAGUUGAUCCCAGUACAAUAAAUGAAGAAAUCAAUUCGGUAGCUGUUGAUUGGAAAUCAAUGCGUAAUGUUACAGCCUGCUCUUGCUCAACACCAUUCGACCAGUUUAGUAAGAAGACCCAUUGCUGGAAAUGUGGGGAAAUAUUCUGUGAACGAUGUAUCGAUAAAAAUAUCCCCCUACCUGGACAGGAUAGCGGCAAACCGGUACCGGUAUGUCGUACGUGUUUUCGUCUGGUACAGAAGAUUAGCCCAUAAAUUUAUGAUGAAACACAAACUGUUUAGUCAAACGGAAUUCCUGUAUCGCUUGUACACCAAGCGUAAGUCUGCUGUGUUAAAUGUUUGGGAUAAUUAAGAGUUAAAAAAAAGGUAAAUGGAAAAUAAAUGCUAUAAAUAAAAUAAGGUUGCUUGCUAAGGACGCUAUAUUGUUUGCCCGUUGAUGUCAUGGAUGGGUAACGGCGAAGAUAUGUUUAUAUUACUGUAUAUUGAAAGCUGUCUGUCUGUGUCUAUCUUUUCAACUGGUACAUAGCAAGAAUAAAUUAAGCAUCACUGUUUUGUUGUGUAUAUAUCGGAUCUACGAUAUGCUUGUGUAUAGAAUCAAAACGAAAAAAAUCACAAAUAAUUACGAUUGAAAACAAAAAUUAAUGUUAAGGACAAAUAAUCAAGAUAUUACAAAAUUUGAAAUUAUUAAAGAAUAUAUACACGUAUAUUUGAAAAUGCAUUUUAAAUUAAAAACAUAAAAACAACAGUAUGCUCUUAAUCUAAAUUCAAUGUUAUUAAAAAAAACAGACACACAAAAAACUACUUCCUCAACAUUGUUAUAAUUUUAGAUUAGACACUUCUAAGAAGACUAAAUUAUAUUAUUAUUUUAAUUUUGAAUUUUGUUUUAUAUUUCUUUGCCUAUGUUUAAACUUAUAUUAAUUUAAGUAGUUCAAAUGUCAAUUUUUUUCUAGUAAUAAGUCCAAAAGGUAAUUUAUUUCAGCACAAAAAAAGAAA